UCUGUUAUUGUUUCUCACUAAUUUCUUUAUCUUCUUAUUAUAACAACAACUCAAGUGAGAUAUCAACAUACACCACCCCACAUUCUAGAGACAGGAUAGUUCUUUCAUUUGUCUCUCACCUUCCCAAUUUCCUUGAUCAACAGGGGAAUUUGGUCUAAUUCUGAUUCCUUCUCUUUGAGGGACUUUUGAGGAUUAGGGUUUUGGGGGGUGAUUCUUUUGCUUGCUUUUGAUUAAGGCAGUCUUUGUGUGAUCUGAAUGUAAGGAUUCUGUGUCUGCAUGUGUGAAUUCUGUCAAGGGGCAUUUGGUUGCCGGGCACUGAUUAAGAGUUCAAAGACUUUAGCUUUCCUUAGCUCCUGCUGAAGAUCAAGGAUCUGGAGAUACGGCAUGCAAUCAAAAUCUGAAACUGCUAAGCCGAGGUCAAAUCCACAUUCCUUUACGCCUAACACUGUUUAUUCUGAACCCUGGUGGAGAGGUAUUCAUUACAAUUCUGCUCCGAAAGCAAUGUCAGGGGUGAAUGCAUCAAAUUCAUCAUCACUUGAACGCCCUAAUGCCGAUUCUGAAUCCAGUGAAGGUCAAUCUUUGUCCAACAAUGAGAUGAAUGAGGAAGAUGAUGAUGCCACCAAAGAAUCGCAACCCACUGCUCCUAAUCAAUCAGGAAAUUAUGGACAAGACCACCAAGCCAUGCUGCGUUCUUCAUCAUCUGCACCUUCUAGGCGUGAUGACUGCCUUCCACAUGCUCCACAACUGGAACUUAUUGGCCAUUCAUUUGGAUAUGCUCCUUUUAUAGGAAUGCCUCAUGCCAGAAUGGCUUUGCCGCUUGAGAUGGCUCAAGAGCCUGUUUAUGUGAAUGCCAAACAGUACCAAGGAAUUCUGAGACGAAGACAGGCUCGAGCUAAAGCAGAGCUUGAAAAGAAAUUAAUAAAAGUCAGAAAGCCAUAUCUUCAUGAAUCUCGUCAUCAGCAUGCUAUGAGAAGAGCAAGAGGUAACGGAGGGCGUUUUGCAAAGAAAACUGAGGUCGAAGCUUCAAAACACACGAACAAGGAAAAGGAUACGGGUGCAGCAGGUCCAGUUUCAUUGCCACAGUCAGUUAGUUCAUCUGGGUUGGGACCAGUACCCUCUGAAGUGCAUGAGAGAUUUGAAAAACACAACUACGCAAAUGUUUUGCAGUCAUCAUCUGCGUUCUGUUUGCACUCCGGUGAGAGAGUAGAGGAGGGAGACUGUUCAGGUCAACAACGAGGAAGCAUCUCCUCUGAGCAAAGCUCACAGAGGCGUCUUGCUAUUCAGUAAAUCACUGCGUCGGUUGAUGGUGAGGUUGGUGUAUAAUUGAGGGAAGUAGUUGUUUGAGUCGAAUACCAUAAACAUUGGCAAUUUGCAUGCCGAGCGGCAAAUCAUUCUUGGCUGUGUUUAUGCUGGUCAUCAUAUGGGGAGAAGAAUGAUUGAUUGGACCAUGAUGUUUGUCUUGUUGAACUCAACCAAUCCUUCGUUAUAUUCUCUAUUUUGUUUUCUAUUUUGUACAAUGUUAAGCAGUUAGGAAAGUCAAGCCAACGGAUUAGAAGACUUUAAGGAACAAACUGUUUCUUCGGAUUCACUUUCUGGCGGCUUUAUUUCAUGUUAUCUCCGCUUGGUUGUUAAUGUUGAGUUUGAGACAUCAUAUUAGUUUAAGUGCACAGUUGUAUUCUUAUA